AUGUUUUCAAGAGUGAAACCUGGAAAACAGACUAUCAUAUUAGUAUAUGUUGAUGACUUGCUAAUUACAGGUGAUGAUGAUUAUUAUAUCACUGUAUUGAAGCAACAAUUGGAUAUUGAGUUCACUACUAAGGAUUUAGGUGAAAUGAGAUACUUUCUUGGUCUGGAAGUAUCCAAAACCAGUAAAGGAACUCUGCUUAAUCAGAGGAAAUAUGUGUUUGAUGUACUUGAUUACACUGGUUUAAGCAACUGCACUCCUGCAACUGCUCCUUUCCCUAAGCAUGUCAAGUUGUCCACUCAUGAAGGCAUAAUCAUGAAUGAUCCUGAGAAGUACAGGAGUUUAAUUGGAAAAUUGCUCUACCUUAAUUUGAGUAGACCAAACAUCUCUUUCUCUGUUCAACAGCUGAGUCAGUUCAUGAGUUGUCCUAGAGAACCACAUUGGCAAGCAGCUUUACAUGUUGUUAAGUAUUUGAAAGGGACUUCAGAUUGGGGGUUAUUUUAUCCUAAUAAUUCCCCUUUUAGAAUGGUGGAUUAUUGUGAUGCUGAUAAUGGCUCAUGUACCUUCUCUGGCAGAUCCUUAACAGGAUACUGCAUCUUUCUUGGAGCAUGUCUUGUCUCUUGGAAGACAAAGAAGCAAGCAACAGUCUCCAAAUCUUCAUGUGAGUCUGAAUAUCGAAGUAUGUCACAGACUACAAGUGAGAUGGUUUGGGUUAUGGCAUCUAUGAAGACCUCGAUUUAA